AUGGGCGUCAGGAACUUUGGGAUGGGAUUUGCGGCCGGGGUGGUGGUCGGGGGCGCGGCUUCUUUCCUGUUUGCGGUGAAGAGGAGACCUGAGGCCCGACCUGCAGGGUUGGUGGUCGCUCCUCAAGGAAAGGGCAACGACACCAGUGCUUUUCGCUACCACCCAGCUCUCAAGUACGGAGCACCCAGCAACCACAACCUGAAGUUCUACACUGGCUUCGUUGCAGCAUUCGAUCCCCGAACGCGCAACCCAGUUUGGGUUCUCGAACACCUGUCCAGCAAGAAGGAAUGGGAGGAGGGUGUUGACAGGAAGAAUUCUGAAUUCUAUGAAGACAAAGACAUCGAAGAGCGCUUCCGCAAUCGCCUUGUGGACUUCAGGGGUUCGGGCUAUGACAGAGGGCACCUGGCCCCAGCUGCAAAUCACAAGGACAGCCAAAAGGCCAUGGACGAGACAUUCGUGCUGAGCAACAUCUCGCCUCAAGUUGGCAAAGGCUUCAACAGGGACUACUGGGCAAGAUUUGAGAAGUAUGUGAGGGACUUGACCAAGAGCAGCUCUGCUGUGUGGGUGAUUACUGGACCUGUAUGGCUGCCCCAAAAGCUGAAGGGUGGCCAUUGGCAGAUGAACUAUCCCAUGAUUGGCCAGCCGCCAACUCUGGUGUCCGUUCCAACUCACUUCUACAAGGUGGUCCUGGCAGAGUCGAAAGACAAGCCAGGGAACUGCAUGGUGGGCGCUUUUGUGAUGCCAAACGCCGCCAUUCCCCCAGACACACCACUCACAAGAUUCGUUGUGCCCAUUGAAGAUUUGGAAUGCGCGGCAGGUGUACAGUUCUUUCCUGGCUACAUCAGCAGUGCCCGUCGAAAUGCUUUGGACACUGCAGCGAUUGACUGGCGGCAAUAUGGGAUGCAGCUGGCGAAGCCCACAGGGCCGAAGCUUCUGCCAGAAGGAGACUCGAUCUCGGCAUCUUCGCAUGAAAGUAGCCCCCCUGUUGUCGACGGAGAGAAGCCGGCAAGCCUGGUGAAGCAACCAUCAAAGACAGGCCCUGGUGGCCAGGGUGCCAUCCACCUUUGCGAGAAUGGUGGUUGCACGCUGCCAGCAGAGGAAUGGUGGAUCAAGGGGCCCAAGGUAGGAUAG